AGCUCCAGUGCUCCUCACACAGCCAGCAUCUCCCUCUUCUCACUCACCUUCCUUUGGGGUUUCCUUCCACCUCAGAGAAGAUGUCUCAGAAAAAGCAGCCCACCCCCCAGUGCCCCGUGUUCUGCGGGAAAUCCUCCGGCGGCGGCGGCGGCGGCGGCAGCUCCGGUGGCUGCGGCGGUGGCGGUGGAGGCGGCUCCGGUGGCUGCGGCGGCGGCGGCAGCUAUGGUGGCGGCUCCGGAGGGGGCAUCAAGUAUUCCGGGGGCGGCGGCUCCGGCGGCGGAGGCUCUGGCUGCUACUCCGGCGGCGGCGGCUACUCCGGCGGCGGAAGCUCCGGUGGCUGCGGCGGCAGCGGCGGCGGCGGCUCCGGAGGGGGCAUCAAAUACUCCGGCGGCGGCGGCGGCGGCUCUGGCUGCGGUGGCGGCUACUCCGGCGGAGGCGGCUACUCCGGCGGCGGCUCUGGAGGCUGCGGCGGCGGCUCUGGAGGGGGCAUCAAGUACUCCGGCGGCGGUGGAGGCUCCGGCUGCGGCGGGGGCUCAUCCGGCGGCGGUGGAGGCUGCGGUGGCUACUCCGGCGGCGGCGGCUCUGGCGGCUGCGGGGGCUCUGGAGGGGGCAUCAAGUACUCCGGCGGCGGCGGGGGCUCAUCCGGCGGCGGUGGAGGCUGCGGUGGCUACUCCGGCGGUGGCGGCUCUGGCGGCUCUGGCGGCUGCGGCGGCUCUGGAGGGGGCAUCAAGUACUCCGGCGGCGGUGGAGGCUCAUCCGGCGGCGGUGGAGGCUGCGGUGGCUACUCCGGCGGCGGCGGCGGCUCUGGCGGCUGCGGGGGCUCUGGAGGGGGCAUCAAGUACUCCGGGGGCGGCGGCUCCGGCGGCGGUGGAGGCUCCAGCUGCGGUGGCUACUCCGGUGGCGGCGGCUCCGAGUGCGGUGGCUACUCCGGCGGCGGCGGCGGCGGCGGCGGCGGCUGCGGCUACUCCGGUGGCGGAGGUUACUCCGGCGGCGGCGGCGGCUCGGGCCAGCAGAUCUGCCAGAGCUAUGUAAGCGGCUCCUCUGGUGGCGGCGGCGGCGGCUGCGGGGGCGGCUCCUCCGGCGGCGGCGGCGGCUGUGGCUACUCCGGUGGCGGAGGUUACUCCGGCGGCGGCGGCUGCGGCGGGGGCUCCUCUGGCGGCGGCGGCGGCUCUGGCGGCUACUGCCAGCAGACCUCGUGCGUCCCCCAGCAGUGCUACUACGAGGGGUCGUCUGGCGGCGGCGGCGGCGGCGGCUGCGGAGGCGGCUCCUCCGGGGGCGACUGCUAUUCCGGCGGUGGGGGCGGCGGCGGAUCCGGCUGUGGCGGCGGCUCCUCUGGGGGCGGCGGCGGCGGCUCCGGGAGUGUCCAGUGCGUCCCGGUCUGCCACCAGACCCAGCAGAAGCAGGCGCCCAGCUGGCCAUGCAAAUGAGGCCCGCGGGACGCCACGGAGGCGCGGGAGCUGGAGGUGUUCUUAGCGGACGCCGACGGGCGUAGUGUUCUCGUGAUAAUGCCAUGAGGUUCCAAAGCCUCACCGUUUAACCCCCUGGAAGAAGCCAUUGAACCCUCCAGCUGUAUCUUGUUCUGCAGUUUUCCCCUUGGCUUCUGCACCACUACCUCCCAACCCCAGUGCCUUCUCAGCCAAUAAAUUUGCUGAUCAUGAGAA